AUCUUCUCGACGACGAGGAGUACAUUAGUGGCCAAAGAGCCGAAUUCAAUGCUCGCGCGGAUGUUUGCCAUCGAGAACGACAACUCAAUGAUAUUACCGUCGCCUAAGGACAAGAGCGGCGCCUUCCUCAUCGACAGGAGUCCCGAGUAUUUCGAGCCAAUCCUAGGAUUCCUAAGACACGGACAGCUGAUCGUCGACCGCAAUGUCAACCCUCAGGGCGUCUUAGAGGAGGCCAAGUUCUAUGGCAUCACUUCUCUGAUCCCCGAAUUGGAGGCAAUGAUUAUCGAAGAGAUUCCCGACUCGACGACAGCGCCGUUGACGCGAAGGGAUGUCAUCAACGCUAUCGUUAAGACUUCGACCACAUCUGAGUUGCGCUUCCAGGGCGUCAACUUAGCCGGCGCUGACUUAUCGCGACUUGACUUGAGUUAUAUUAACUUCAAAUACGCCAAUCUUAAGGGCGCACGACUACAG